GCUAUCUUAAUGACAACGAAACCCAAGACAAAAAGAGAGAUACUCCCUAUACGAAUCAGACACUACUCUGUUCCAUUUUUGUGGGCCCUCUUCUCCACAACUUCUCUAAUUCUAUAACUCAGUCCAAAUAUUCUGAAGAAUUCACCUCAUUUAUUUUUGUUCUUUCCCAAAUUCCACCAAUUUUCUUACAUGAAGAACAGCACUUAACAUUAAAAUUUCCCCAAAAUAAAAAUUCACCAGUUUUAUCCCACAAAAUGGCUGGAUUGAAGAAAACGUCAAUUUUACGGCAAUCUUCGUAUAAUUCACUUUACACAAAUCCCCUCAUUGAUCCGAGUAACAAUGAUGAUGUUGAUGAUAAUGUGAAUGUUAUUCCUGUUUGUUUUAAAAACAACAACAUUUUGAGUGGUAAAGAAAAUAAUCCCAUGUCGAGGACAAAGAAAGUUUCAAAGUUUGUUGAUAAAAAGGAGAAAUUAGUAGCAAAUAUAAGUGAAUAUUGUAGUAAGAAGCAAUACCAUUACCCAGAUGGGAAAUCAAUGCAGAAUAGUAAAGAAAGGGCAUUGAAGGCUUCUUCUCUUCAAUUGUGUAUUCAACUGAAUGAGCCGGACUCGAGUUUCGGUUUUGGUUUGGGUUUUAAGGUAUGGGAUGCUAUUGAGGAGACGGAGAGCGCGAAAUCGGUGAAUAUGUGGGAUUAUUCUGACUCUGAGGCUGCUCCAGCUUCUUCUUGGUCGACUUUGCCUAAUAGGGCUUUGUUAUGUAGACCGUUGCCAAUGGAUGUUGGAAGGUGCACUUGUAUAAUAGUGAAGGAAGCUGCACCUCAAGGGUUUGGGUUUGGGUUUGGGUUUGGGUUUGGUGGUGGUGGUGGUUCACUUUACUCUUUGUAUACCAAUGAGGGUGAAGGCAGGCAGAAUAGAAAACUGGGUGUUGCUUACCAUAAACGACAUAGGGGACGUUCUUUAUUCAUCAUAGCCCAGAACUGGAAGGGUAUAUUGUCUACAUCAGAUGACAGCUUCAUUGGUGUAGUAACAGCAAACCUCAUGGGUUCAAGAUACUAUAUCUGGAAUAAGGGCCGGUCUCCCAAGACACCUGCUGACAGGUCAAGAUUGCUUCAGGCCAUUGUUGAAUUUACGCCCACAAUAGCUACCUGGACAGGGAGGCACAGAAGUCUUAGAGCGUGGAUUUCAAAGAAGCAGCAGCCUCAGUCCAUACACUCAAAGAAAACUACAAAUAAUCAGGAUAUGAAGGUCCUUCCAUCAGAGUGGGAGGGGAAGUUGGGCCAAGAUCAAGUUCAUCACCUUUUAUCAAGAGUUCCACAUUAUAACAAGACUUCAAAGCAAUAUGAACUCGAUUUCAGAGAAAAGCUCAGAGCUGGCCUUAGAAUCCAGAGCUCAGUUAAGAACUUCCAGCUUACUAUGGAGGGAAACGGAGGACAAACCAUCCUGCAGCUUGGGAGAGUGGGCAAGUCAAAAUAUGUACUGGAUUUUAGGCAUCCACUGACUGGAUACCAAGCAUUCUGCAUAUGUUUAGGUUCAAUCGAUCCAAAACUUUGUUGUACACUCUGAAAAUCAUACCAUUUCCAAGUUCAAGCUCUGGGGAAUGUAAUCUGCCAAUAUGUGAUUUUGAGGUUACUUGUUCCAUAUGUAUUACUUAGAAGUAAGUAUCUGAAUUGAUAUGCUUUAGUUGGAAAAUCAUGCAGCUUUUGUAACAGAACAUUCACAUAUCGUGAAACAUAUUUCUUAUUUCACUAA